UGAAUUUGUGAAACUAGUGAAAAUAGUUUAAUCACUGCAAUAAUAAUGGCUUCCACUUUACAUAAAGUUCGUAGGGUAGAAGGACAUGACUGUACUCUUCCACAAGACGAUGAACUCAUUACACUAUACAUAAAUGGAGGCCUUUUUGUAAACCUACGCCGAAAAUUUAGACAAUACUUAAUGGUUAGCGCGGCAAACCCAGAAAGCAAAGCGGUUUUAAGAUCCACAGCGCAGAUACGGUUGGAAGAAUCGAGACAUCUUCGCAAAUAUUAUCAUAUGAUACAUCCCUUUAGUGAAGCAAGGAUCACAUGGGAAAUGAUAAUGAUUGUUGUGUAUUUCAGUUUGUUUUUGGUGAUGCCUCUAGAACUUGCAACUACCCUGACACCAGCUUUGAUAUUGUACUUAAAAUUUGUACUGGACCUUUUUUCUCUGGCUGAUGUGGCUCUAUUUUUCUUCACUGGAUAUUACGACAUAAAGUCUCAUAAAGUCGUGAUGAAACCCAACAGCGUUUUUAAAAGUUAUAUCAUUCCACGUUUUAUUUUUGAUUUCCUGUCAUCAUUACCGUACAACAUGUACAUACAAUACGGAAACGCAUACCACCUAAUUCAUCUGAAAUACUUUUAUCUGUUAAAAUUGACGAGAUUGCCAACACUGAUCGAGUAUAUACGAAAAUUUUGCAUCAGAAUGGAUCUUUACAGUUACAAACUGUCCACCGUAAACUUUGCUCUAUGGUUUUUAACGUUGAUUUGGUGGGCCACAGCACUUACUUUGGUCGUAUAUACCACAACAAAUGGAGAAAAAUCUGAUAUUUCAGAAAAUGUGGACAAUUUCAGUCCAACAAUGGAGUCUUGCUACCAAGUGGUUAAAUCAUUCAUGUUAGUGGCCAUGAGUAGUAUCCAGACAGAUAAAGCAAUAUCUAUGCUAUUUAACAUUUUAUGUAUUUUAAUAGGAAGUGUUUUAAAUAUGGUGAUUUUAGCACAAGUUAUGCAAAUUUACCGCCGUCAUUCCAGUUCUAGAAACAAAUACGACAACUUAAUCCAAGAAAUUGGAGAAUACAUGAAUUAUAAAGAGCUACCAACAUCUAUAAAAAACCGAGUAUUUCGCUAUGUGGAGUUCAAGUUUCAAAAAAAUAUUUUUAAAGAAGGCGACAUAUUAAACACGUUGUCUAAAAUACUUAAACAAGAUAUUUUACUCCACAACUGUAAAAAAAUGGUAGAAAAGGUUGAUUUUUUUAAAGGACUACCGGGUUCUCUAAUACUGCGGUUAGUUACUAAAUUGAGAUCUGAAAUAUAUCUUCCCAAUGACGUCAUUGUUCAAGCUGGAAUUACCGGUAACGCAAUGUAUUUUAUAUAUGUGGGUUCUGUAGCAGUUUACACCAUCCAUGAACAAGAAAUUUGCCACUUGGAAGAUGGGAGUUAUUUUGGGGAAAUUUCUUUAAUCAUAAACGAGCCUCGAGUAGCAAGUGUAGUUGCCAUUACUAAUUGUGAGGUAUUUCGCUUAAGUCGUCGCGAUUUUCUGGAAGCUAUUGAACCGUACCCCAACUUGAGUAGCAGAAUUCGUGACUCUGCUCUGGCCAGACUAAAGAGGACACAAAUGAUGAUGAGUCAAGAUCAGAAAGAGAAAGAGAAAGAGAAAGAUAAAGAUAAAGAUCCAGCUGUUAAAAAGGAAUUUAAAUUUCUUGAAUAA